AUGAAUGUUACUCUUACAGACGACAAACAAAAAUAUAUUAAUAAUGACAAUGAACCAAGUAACACUACCUCAUCCGUUCAUGUACAUGCUGUAAAUAGUAACAAUACCAAUAAUAGUGGUGACCAUCAUCAUCACCAUCAUAAUCAUGGACACUACCAUCACCAUCAUCACCACCAAUAUGAACAACCAAGUGGAGGGUCGCCUACCGCUGAUGAGUUGACCACCAAUAUAAUCAAUGCCAUGACUACUCCAUCAACAAAUACGACACCAAUACCAAGACCACAACAUCAUCAUCAUCAUCACCAUCACCAAACGUCAGACAUCAACAACAACAACAACAACAACAAUGUAAAUAGUAAUAAUGAAUCAUCAAGCCAAGAAAAUGUCUUAUCACCACCACCAUCAUCAUCUUCAACAACUGUAAAAAAGGCACCUGUAUUAGCAACACCGUCAGCUACCACCUCCACAACAACAACAACAACUACAACAACGAACCAAGAAGGGGACCACCACUCUGUAAAUACAUAUAGUCCUAGCAAGGUUCAUAUUUUAGUGGUUGAUGAUGACCAAGUCCAAAGAAAGAUCCUAGAAAGUGCUCUAAAGAAAUUUAAAUAUAAUGUAACGGUUGUUACAAAUGGAGAAGAAGCAUGGAAUAUAUUAAUUAAUGGUAAUACAAAAUAUGACUUGGUUUUAACAGAUGUUAUGAUGCCAAAUAUAUCUGGAUUUGAUUUACUCCAAAGAAUCAAUGACCAUGCUGAAAUUAAAAAUGUUCCAGUUAUUUUAAUGUCUGGAACAGCAAUUGAUUAUAAAUAUGCAAAUGAUACAAUCAAGAUUGGAGGACAAGACUUUUUAACCAAACCAAUUGCCAAAGAACUAUUGAAAAAGAAAAUAGAUACUGUUCUAAACAGUAUACUUAGAGAAAAGAAUGAAAUGGAUCUUCGAAGUCAAUUGUCACAGGAAAUGGAGACACGUGCCAAACUUACCAAACAGAUGGAGGCCAAAGAACACGAGGUUGAAGAAUUGACCAAAAAGAUGAAUGAAAUGGCAUCUUUUUCAAGGGAUGCAAUGGAAUCACCUUUGGUAUCAGUCACUAGAAGUAUAGAAGAAUUAAUGCAACAAAAAGGUUGGGCUGUACAUGAAACUGAAGUUAAAUCAAAAUUAUUAUCAAUUUUAAAGGAAUUAGGAUCAUCAAAUAUUUAUCGACCAUCAUUUGAAAAAUUGAUAAAGAGUGAAUCAGUUGAUCCGGUGACAAAGAGUUUCUUGGUGACUGAAUUCAGUAGUGUAACGGGGACAAGAAGAAAUUCAAUUCCAACGUUCCCACAAACAUCAAACAAGGAUACCAAAGAGGGUAUCAAAGAGUGGGAGUUUGACGUUUUCCGAUAUUCAGAGGAUGACCUAAUGCCAAUGUUGGUAGACAUGUUUGAAAACUUUCAAUUACUCGAAACCUUUAAGAUUCCAAUUGAAAAACUUCAAAGUUUUAUUAUGGCUGUUCAUUCUCUCUAUAGAAAGAAUAAUAGAUAUCAUAAUUUUAUGCAUGCAUUUGAUGUUACACAAACAUGUUAUACAUUUUUAACUUCAUUUAAAGCUGCUGAAUAUUUGACACAUUUGGAUAUCUUGUCAUUACUAAUUGCUUCAAUGUGUCAUGAUUUGAAUCAUCCAGGUUUUAAUAAUACGUUUCAAGUUAAUGCUCAAACUGAAUUAUCAUUACAAUACAAUGAUAACUCUGUAUUAGAGGUAAAGAAUAGGAAGAAAGAAAAUGAAAAAAAUCAUCAUGCUACAUUAACUUUUAAAAUUUUAAAAAAUAAUGAUUGUAAUAUACUUGAAGGAUUAAAUGAAGAUCAAUACAAAGAAUUAAGAAGAUCUGUCAUUCAAUUAAUUUUAGCGACCGACAUGUCAUUCCAUUUUGAGUAUAUCAACAAAUUCCAACAUCAUCUAAACAAUCAACCAUUCGAUCGUAACAAAAAGGAAGAUAGACAAAUGAUUUUAAAUUUCUUGAUUAAAUGUGGAGAUAUUUCAAAUGUUGCAAGACCUUGGCAUUUAAAUUAUGAAUGGUCUAUUAGAGUAUCAGAUGAAUUCUUUCAACAAUCAAACUUUGAAAAGGUGUGUGGUUACCCAGUGACACCCUUUAUGGACAAGACCAAGACUACAAGACCAAGAAUUGCAGCUGAUUUUAUCGAUUUGGUUGCUCUGCCACUCUUUCAAAAUCUGUGUAGAUUCUUGACCGAGGCCAAAGUGUUGAUGGAGAUGAUGAGUGAAAAUAGACAUAAAUGGCAAAUCGAGUUGCAAAAGCUGGAAGGAAGAAAAGAAGGCGAUGAACAAAAAGCAAAAGAUAAUGACUCACCAACCACCCCGACCACCAAUUUAAAUAGUAGUAGUUCAUCAUCAAAAUCUGCCGAUAUCAAAUUACCUUCUAUUGAUGAAGAAGAAAUGUCAAAAAAAACAAUCAUUCAUGUUCAAAAUCAAAUCACUCCAAUCAUCCAACCAAAUCAAAUCAAACCAAACUCCAAUCAUCAUAAUAAAUUUCAACAAACAAAACAAACAAACAAACUCAAAUAA